AUGGGGAACCAGCAGAGCAACCAGGUGGCCGAGGUGGAGAUCAACAAGGACCUCGAGGACAAGGAGCCCAAGCUGGCCAGCGUCAACAAGGAGUCGUUCAUCGUGAGCGGCGCCGGCCUUGCGGACGGGGAGGCGUACCGCGCGCUGCUGCACGAGUACCAGAUGACGAGCACCACGCUCGGCGAGGGCGGCUUCGGCAAGGUCCGCCUCGCCACCUCCAGUCGCACGGGCCACCAGGCGGCCGUCAAGAUU